CUUGUCAGUGAGGUCCAGAUACCUACAGAGCUCACACACGAUGAGGGUCAUCCUCCUCCUGCUCACACUGGAUGUGCUAGGUGUCUCCAGUAUGAUGACAGACAAGAAUCUCAAAAAGAAGAUUGAAGGGAAUUGGAGAACCGUUUACUUAGCUGCCAGUAGCGUGGAGAAGAUAAAUGAAGGCUCACCAUUGAGGACCUACUUCCGUCGCAUUGAGUGUGGGAAGAGAUGCAACCGAAUCAAUCUCUACUUUUAUAUUAAGAAAGGGGCCAAGUGCCAACAGUUUAAAAUCGUGGGAAGGAGAUCCCAAGACGUUUACUAUGCAAAGUAUGAAGGGAGCACGGCAUUCAUGUUAAAGACAGUGAAUGAGAAGAUAUUGCUGUUUGAUUAUUUUAACAGAAACAGAAGAAAUGACGUUACACGAGUGGCUGGAGUUUUGGCGAAAGGCAGGCAACUGACUAAGGAUGAGAUGACAGAAUACAUGAACUUCGUGGAAGAAAUGGGCAUUGAGGAUGAGAAUGUACAACGUGUCAUGGACACAGACACCUGUCCAAACAAGAUCAGAAUUAGAUGACAUCAGGAAUUUUCCACUAUAUUCUUCCUGGAACCUGAAACAUCAAUAUGAAGAUGAAGCAAUCUUUUCUUUCAGAUCAUAUCUUCCUAUUUGCUGCAAAUUACAAUUCUUGUCUCCAUACUUUCUCUUUCAUUCAUACUUUCCCAUGUUCUAAUUGGUAUUAGUACAUCUUUGAAUGUUUAAAUAAAUCUAUUUCACUUGC